CAACACAGUGACACUGCAGUGCGGUCACACAUUAGGCUCAUUCUUCAUUCGACAACACAACUUUUUCAUCAUCGAUAAAUCUCUAUUAUGUUUUCAGUUUAUCCAAACGUGGUUUGUUGUCUUAAGUGUCUUCAAAUUGGGAUUUGGGGAAUCAUUGACUAAAAAAAUAAUAUCUCUGGUCCUGAUUCUUUGUGUUUAGAACUUUCUGACAAUGUAUUAGGAGUGAAAUGCCAAAUCAGCUGCGUAUUCUCAUAACAGGGUAAGAAAAUAAAAUAUCUGAUCCCUCCUUUUGAGAUGACUUACACCCCUUCCAAUCUGUGAGAAUCCAGAAACCUUUAUAUAUAGUCUCACACUUUUUUCAUGUCAUUUGGCUGAUGCUUUUGUCCAAAGCGACUUACAAUUAAAACACUCAACAUUUAUUAGGGGUUCAGUAUCUUGCCAAGGACACUUCGGCAUGCAGAUGGGUGAGAGUGGGGUUUGAACCAGCAACCUUCCUGUUGGAGAGCCACCACUCUAACCACUAGGCCACACAGCCCCAUGACCACCCUUCACAUGUCAUAAAGCGUCAGAACCACUAACUUAAAGUUAGUGGUAAACUCUCAAUUACUUAUCCUAUGGCCCUAUGCAUCAGAAUCCAUUCAUUAAAGAUAUUAGAAGUCCAAAGGGGCCCAGCCUCUUGGUACUGGGCUGCAGUGGCGGUGCGUCAAUACAGGGCGCUGGGGCGCCGCCCACCCUACAAUUUUGAGAUGAAAAAAAAAAAAAAAAAAAAUGACAUGUCAAAAAACAUUAUAUAUCAAAUAAUUUAAUAAGAAAUGUACUGUUUUAAAGCGUUAAAUGUGUGCCGGAGACCGUAAGCCCCUGUCAAAAACCACUUAAAUGUGACCAAAUAUAAUAUAUUGCCAUUCGUUGAAUGAUAACAUACGAUAACGUCACUGAGAGAGAAGCCACUCCUCCCUGUGGGCGCCGGUCAAGUGGAAGUCUAUGGAAGCCAAAAAAAGGGGCAGGAACAUUUGAGCAAGGACAGUUCUCAUUGGCGGAUGACAGUUCGAGCCAUGGGCGCACGUACCUUGCGCCCACAGCCAAUGAAAGGGUUUCUAACAGGACUGUCCAAUCAGAGACCUUUUGUGAUUCCCUCACAUCACAUAUCUAAAGGUGCAGCAUAGUUAGCACUUAGCAGAUACUUGUUUUAAUCUGAGAGUAUGGCGAAUGAAAACUCUAUUGUAGCUAUUCACAGAACACCAUUCAAUCGACGAUCGGAUGUCGAUAAAAAGAAACUAAAAGAAAUGGGACCUGACCGUCCGGAUUUAAAACUUGAACAGAUAAGCACUGACCGCGGAAGAACCUACAAGCGGAGCUUCUCCUCCAGCCUUUAUGCUAACCGGAGCUGGUUAGCGGGCUGUGCAGUGAGUAAUGCGUUUUUUUGUUUCCCCUGCUUGUUGUUCCAAUGUACUGGGACUGAAAUACUCUGGACUACAACGGGGAUGAGGGAUCUAAAGCACUUCACCCAGAAAUGCAAGAAACACGAAUCGUCUCGCUGCCAUCUCACUAACAGCAUGAAGCUAAGUCUCUUUGGGAGACUGAGUAUAGCGGAACAGCUCGACGAAGGGUACCGAAUUGGCAUCCGUAAACACAAUGAGGAAGUAAGGAAGAACAGGCACAUUCUCUCAAGAAUUAUAGACUGUAUUAAGUUCUGUGGUGCAUUUGAGUUGGCACUGCGUGGUCAUGAUGAGAGCGAGAGCUCUGAUAACCCAGGGAUAUUUCGUGGCUUGGUGGACGUUGUUGCCUCACUCGACGGUGCACUGAAAGACCAUCUCGACAGCGCGACUGUGUUCAAGGGAACAUCCAAAACGGUCCAGAAUGAACUUCUUGACUGUAUGCUGGCUGUUGUUAGGGAAAAGAUCAUAAGCGAGAUUCAAAGCAGCGAUUUUCUAUCGAUCCAAGCAGAUGAGACCACGGAUAUUAGCACACAAACCCAGCUUGUGCUUGUGCUUCGCUACUUAAAUGGUGCUAACCUGGAGGAAAGAUUCUUUGAGUUCAUCCCUCUGCAGUCAGCUACAGCAGCGACCAUUGCCAUGGCAUUAAAAGAACGCCUUGCUGCCAUCCUCCCAGGUGAGCAGAAAGUUAAACUCAUCUGCCAGGCAUAUGACGGUGCCAGUGUAAUGAGGGGUACCUCUUCAGGUGUUCAGAAGAGAAUCCAGGACGACUACCCAACUGCCCACUAUAUCCACUGCUAUGCCCAUCAGCUCAAUCUUAUAAUGCAACAGGCCACCUCUCACAUUGUUAAAGUCAAGAACUUUUUUUCUGACUUGGGUGGAUUAGCUGCGUUCUUUUCAAGACUGCCAACGGCCAGCAAUGUGAGGUGGAACUUUCACAGCCGUGCCGUCAAUACUGUGUUUGAGCACAGAGAUGACCUCAUUGACUGCUUUGAAAGAAUUCGAGCAUCAGAUGGCUUUGAUGACAAGACCAGCCACGAAGCAGGAGGCCACAUCAGGCUACUGGAGGAUCCUGAUUUCAACUUCUUCCUUAAACUGUUUCAUCGGAUAAUGCCACACGUGGACAUUCUCUAUGCCAAGCUCCAGAACAGAAACAUAGAUUCAGUCUAUAUAAAUCGCUGCAUCCAGCAGUUCCAAGAGGACAUACAAAAAAUCAGAGAUUCAGUCCAUGCAAUGGUGGUGGAGCACAGGAGUGGCUCUGAGCAGCCGAGGAAGCGCCGGGCUAUCGAUCAAGAUGAGCUUAAAAGGAUUGCCACAGAGGUAUGCGACACCAUACUUGGACACACCAAGGAACGCUUUGCCUUCAAGGACCACCUCAUCAGUGCCACCUUACUGGACAGCCCCCAGUUUGACCACUACCUCGAUGCAUUCCCUGAAGUUGCUCUGGCCACAACAUUGAAGGCCUACCCUGUGCUCGAUGGAAGUAGGCUGAAGACAGAGCUUACCCUCAUCUAUGGCUCAGAAGAAUUCCGAACCUGUCGUGGUGCUGUGGAUCUUUACCAGUUGUUCAAAGACAAUAACCUUUCUGAGGUAUUUUCAGAGACAGAAACACUGCUUAAAAUCAUCAUCACAACUCCCAUGGCCACUGCUGAGGCUGAGAGGUGUUUUUCAACACUGAAAAGGGUUAAAACCUUUCUCAGGAACACAAUGACUCAGGACAGACUGAAUGCCUUAGCCAUGCUCUCAAUGGAAAAAAGGCUUGUCACAGACAUGAUUGACUUUAACCAGAAGGUGAUAGAGAGAUUUGCCGGCUUGAAAGAGAGGAGGGCUAAGUUUCUUUACAAGUAGUAGGGCCUACUCUUGACAAACAACAAAUGUAAAAUGUUAUGUCUCUUCUGCUCUAAACCUCUUUCGUGUGAGGGUGUGGGCACCUUUUUUAUUCUGUUCAUCUCUGAAACCCUACCCAAUGUCUCUUACCUAUGUCCCUACCAUUCUGCUCUGAACUGUCAUGCCCAAAGUAACAGGUUAUUGUUAUUGUUGUUGGAUACUAGUGUUGAGCACUGUAUGUUAUUGAAAUAAAGCUAUGUUUUUUUUAA